GAGGAGGGUGAGGAUGCUCCAGCUUCUGGGCAUGGGGAAGCGUCGGAGCAGAUCAGCGUGGCCCCCGCGCAGGGGUGACACUCACAUUCGUGAAGUGUUUCAUGUAUUUUUGUCCGAAGAGACUUUAUUGCGGCUUUUCGGUACCUAAACGGGAGCUACAAGGAGGCUGGAGAGGGACUUUUCACAAGGACGUGUGUUGUAGGACAAGUGGUGACGGCUUUAAACUGAGAGAGGGGAGAUUUAGAUUAAAUAUUAGGAAGAGGUUCUUCACUGUGAGGGUGGUGAGACACUGGGACAGGCUGCCUGGAGCAGCUGGGGAUGCCCCAACCCUGGAAGUGUUCAAGACCAGCCUGGACAGGGCUUUGAGCAACCUGGUCUGGUGGAAGGUGUUGAACUAGAUGGUCUUCAACACAAACAGGUCUUCAACACAAACUAUUCUGUGAUUCUAUGGAGAAUUAUCAUUGUUCCUUCAUGAACUAAUGUGCGUGUGUGAUCUGAAGAGGCUGUUUUGGGGAGCUGGAUGAGGGGGGAUGGCUCCUUCCUUGGAGGGAGAUGGUGGGUUGGAGCCAUGCAACAUCCCAGAGGGCCCAAAUGCUGCCUCUCAAUGGGUUCCCCCUGGGUGGCUGGAGGGGACAGAGCUGCUUGGGCACCUGCUGAGGAAUCCUGCCCAUGGGAUGGGGCACAGCAGGCUGGUGGGACCCCCCUGCAGUGCUGGUCCAGCUCUGGGUCCUCAGCACAGGACACACAUGGACCUGCUGGAGAGGGGCCAGAGGAGCCCCAGGAAUGACCCGAGGCUGGAACAGCUCUGCUGGGAGGACAGGCUUCUGGGCAGAUCGAACACCAGUUCAUGAAGCAGCCCGGCGGGGGGAAAUCCUGCAGCUGCAGCAGCUGAUAGAGAGCGGAGCCUGCGUCAACGCCGUCACCUACGACUCUAUCACCCCGUUGCACGAGGCGAGUCUGCGGGGGCAGACGCAGUGUGUCAAGCUCCUGCUGGCUGCGGGGGCCCAGGUGGAUGCCAGGAAUAUUGAUGGCAGCACCCCGCUCUGUGAUGCCUGUGCCUCGGGGAGCAUCGAGUGCGUCAAAGUGCUGCUGUCCCACGGCGCCAAGGUGAACCCUCCGCUUUACACGGCGUCUCCUCUCCACGAGGCCUGCAUGAACGGUAGCUCAGAGUGCGUGCAGCUCCUCAUUGAUGUCGGUGCAAACCUGGAGGCUCACGACUGCCAUUUCGGGACACCCCUGCACGUGGCCUGUGCCCGGGAGCACCUGGACUGUGUGAAGUUGCUGCUCAAGGCAGGGGCAAACGUGAACGCUGCGAAACUUCACGAGACAGCCCUUCACCACGCGGCCAAAGUGAAAAACGUGGAUCUGGUGGAGAUGCUGAUUGAAUUUGGAGGAAACAUUUACGCAAGGGACAACCGAGGGAAGAAACCAUCGGAUUACACCUGGAGCAGCAGUCCCACAGCAAAGUGCUUUGAGUACUAUGAAAAAACGCCUCUGAGUUUGUCGCAGCUCUGCAGAGUUACGGUGAGGAAAGCCGCCGGGCAGCGAGCGCUGGAGAAGAUUGCCAAGCUAAAUAUUCCUCCGCGAUUAAUCCAGUACCUGUCCUACAACUGACAAGGGCGAAGGUGGCCAGGAAGGACAAUAUCUUUAGCUCCUGCAGUGUGAAUUAUCUGUCUCUUUCUCUUCUACCUCCCCCCCAAGAAACUCCUUUUAAUUUAAGUGAACUGGUGUAAAUAGUAUUUACGAGGCAGCACUGCACAGCCCUUCCUCUUCGUCGUUGGCAGACUCAAUAGCACUGGCUUGAAGUUUUAACCUCUCCUGGGGUGAUCUGUUAGACUGUCACUAUGUUUGAGGCUGUAACGCUCUUUGAGAGGGAUUAAUCUCGCCUAAUUUUAUCUGUCUCUAGCCUAAAGGCAUCCCCGUACGAUCUCGCCAGGCUCCCUUUGCAGUCAGUGAAGGGAAAUAAAUACUUCUGGAGCGUGAUUCAUCUGUCCUGUUUUAGAUGCCUGCGCUGGGAUGACACAAUAUUCCUGGGGAGCGCCUGUCUCCGCUGGCUGCAAAGGGAUUUAGAGGUGAUGCCCUCGGAUCCAGACAUCUCUGUUUCUGCGGUGGGAGCCCUGGAUCCCACCUCAGCCUUAAUAGCUCAAGUGACGACAGCUUAAUGCCAAGGGACGAGGCUUGAGAGACCUGCAUGCUCUAGUUAGAGGCAAAUUAAGUCCCCAGCAAGCCCAGGACUAAUUAGAGGCGCUGUAACCAGUUAUUGACUUGCCAUGAGCGUCAACAGGCUUUGGCUUAACACCAGCAGCGAGGACAAACUGCUACCAGGUCAGAGGUGGCUUUUUCUCGCUGAAGGUGACCCAGCUCUUACUGUAAUGUUCCUCUAGGAUGUCACCACGUCUAGUUUUCAAGCCUAAGCAGGUCUCUGUGCACGUCCAAGGUGGCUGGUCCCAGACAAUAUUUCUCCGCUUGCUCUGAGCUGCUGUGGCCACACUCAGUUGGUUUUAUGUGCAAUAAGUGGCCGAGCUGCUGCCCGGUGACGCCCGAAGUCCGUUGAGGCCACGUCCCUCGUGUAGCGGUGUGGAUCCCAGAGGUGUCUACCCACCCGUGAAAGGCUCUGCCUUGGGUUUUGAGACUUUUCUAUUCCUUUUUUACCCUGUUUUGAGUUUCUCGCUCAGCGCUGGAGCCUCUCCAGAGAUUGGCAGUGGGAUCCAGCCCUGAGCCGUGUGCUUGAAUCCUUUGGCUUCAGCAGGCGCGACUGCAGCUUUGUCCAUCGGCGAUUUCACCCUUCAGGGUGACAUUUGUAUGAGCAGAGCCAAAGUUGUCAUCUACCUUCCAGGUGAGACUUUACAUGUUGUCUGAGUGCGGUAACCUACGCGAUACGUGGUACCGAGGGGAUGGAGCUCCCUGAUGUCCCCAUGGAGAGUCUUAUCACUGUGAUGUGAGCAAAUUCCUCCUAUGAAUGACAGCAAAGAUUAAAAAAUCCGCUGUCUAACGCGGCACGGAGCUAAUUCAGGGCUCUCAAUGUCCUUCAUGCUGUGAAUUAAUGCUUGAGAGCAAAUGACCACUUAUCUGUCGCCUGCAAGACCUGCUCCCCAGCCAGCACAAUGGGGCUCAGCCUCAGCGGAGACAGGGAAAAUAAUAAAUUAAAAUGAAAAUAAAAUAAAACAGGGUUAAAGAGCUGAGGCGGAACUGAAUGCACUUUAAUAGUGACCGGCGAAUCACUUGUUUGUUUGUUCCCCCUCGCACCCAUUUAUUGUUUGUUUGUUUGUUUGCUGUGCUGUGGCAUAUAGCACAGGACAGAAGAAUUGUCGAGAUCCUGCUCUUUGGGGGAUUGUCUCUAUAAUUCUUAUUUUUGUGUUUAAAGUAUCGGAAAGGUGAAAUUGCUGAGAAGCUCAGGGAAGCCCUAGAGGUGUUUGUUGUGGGAUUCAUCCCUGUGAUUGAUCGGAUAAAGGUUUUGUAUUGUGUCUUACAGGAGAAGCUUCCUCUGCCCGACAUGCAUGUCCUUAGAGAUCAAUACGUAUUAGGAAAGUGCACCUUUUGGUAAUCUGGGGUGAAAAACCUUCCCUCUUGGUGCAAAUUCCAAUCCUUUGUUAGGUUUCUUGUUUUAACAUUGCUUAAACUGGUGGAAUAAUGAAAUGCUAAAGAAGUUUCCAAUGUAAAAACAAAUGACGCCUUGAAUAACCGAGAAUAAAAUUACAAGUUCCUAUUGA